AUGUUGGAUGUUACGCGAUUUCUUUUGAAGCAGAGGUUGUCUUUCCGUGGACAUGAUGAGUCAAGUAAUUCUUUAAAUAGAGGAAACUUUUUUGAAUUGCUUCAAUGGUACAGUCAACAAAAUAAGGAAGUUUCAAAGGUUGUUAAUCAAAAUGCUCCCGGAAACAAUCAAAUGAUUUCUCUAGCAAUUCAAAAAGACCUUACGCGUGCUUGUGCCUCUGAGAUAACACUUUCCAUAAUCAAAGAUAUUGGAAACAAUGUUUUCUCCUUAAUGGUUGAUGAAUCUCGAGACAUUUCAGUGAAGGAGCAAAUGGGAGUUGUUUUGAGAUAUGUGAAUAAAAGAGGACAGGUGAUUGAACGAUUCCUUGCAAUUGUACAUGUAUCUGACACUAGCUCUCGUUCUUUGAAGGAUGCUAUCGAUGCUUUAUUUGUGAAACAUGGAUUAUCAUUAUCUAGACUGAGAGGUCAAGGAUAUGAUGGAGCUUCAAAUAUGCGAGGUGAAUUCAAUGGGUUGAAAUCUCUCAUUUUGCAAGAAAAUCCAUAUGCAAUGUAUAUUCAUUGUUUUUCUCACCAAUUACAGUUAGUUAUUAUUGCUGUUGCCAAGAGUAAUCUCAAUGCAAGUGAUUUUUUUAAUUAUGUUACUAUGAUUGUCAAUACGACGGGAGCAUCAUGUAAAAGGAGAGAUCAACUUAGGCAAAUUGAACAUAAUAGGAUUGUUGCAAUGUUGGAGGGUGGAGACAUUAGUACGGGCAGUGGCAAAAAUCAAGAAACUAAUUUAGUAAGGUCAGGAGACACUCGUUGGGGAUCACACUACUUGACAUUGGGUCGUCUAUUAUCUAUGUGGCCUUCAGUGAUACAAGUGUUGGAGAAUAUUUGUGAUGAUUCUAGUUCUUUUGAUAGUAGAGGGGUUGCCAAAAGUUUGAUUCAGAAAAUGGAGAAUUAUGAGUUUGUUUUCAUAUUGCACUUGAUGAAGAUGAUAUUGGGAAUGGCACAUGAGUUGUCACUUGUGUUACAACAAAAGGAUCAAAAUAUUGUCCAAGCCAUAAGUUUGAUUGAGAGUGUGAAAGAUCAAUUUCAAAUAUUUAGGGAAGACGGAUGGCAUAUAAUUAUAGAUAAAGUCAACAUAUUUUAUGAGUUGAAUGAGAUCCCAGUGCCGGAUAUGAAAGACAAUUGUUUGAUUGGUGGUCAUAGUAGACGUAGAAGACAAGUCAUCACCAAUUUGCAUUAUUAUCGUGUGGAGAUUUUCUAUCAGGUUGUUGAUUCAGUUAUACAAGAGAUGAAUACUCGUUUUUCAGAAGUUGACACAGAAUUGCUUAGUUGUAUAGCAUGUCUUCAUCCAAGAAAUUCUUUUUCUGAAUUCAAUGUUCAGAAACUUGAUCCAAAUAUUUUUGGAAUUGAAGAUUUGGGGAGUUUUGCUCAGAAAAUUGUUGAAACUCUAAAAAAUCAAGCUUAUCCAUUGGUUUAUCGUCUGAUUGAGAUGGCAUUAGUUUUACCAGUUGUGACCAUUUCUGUUGAAAGAGUAUUUUCUGCGAUGAAGACGAUAAAGACUGAUUUACGUAACAGAAUGGGAGACGAAUGGAUGAAUGACAGUCUAGUUGUAUACAUCGAGAAAGAUAUCUUUUCAACAAUUGAAAAUGAGUAA